UGGACAUACAUCUUCACCUUCCUUCUUAGUUCACGCCUGUUGGUGCAUCCCUAUGAGCUCAUGGCCAAAGUCUGCCAUCUGUGUAUUGAGCAGCAGAGACUAAGUGAGCUUGGCCUGGACAAGAACCGGAUACAAAAGAUUGCACCCAAAAUUCUACAGUUGUUGACUGAAUGGACAGAGACAUUUCCUUAUGAUUUCUGAGAUGAAAGAAUGAUGAGGAUCUUAAAGAAGUUGGCACAAAGAAUAGCCAGUGGUGAUGAGCAGAUAUAUCGGAAGAAUGUACAGCAGCUCCUCCAGAACCUGAUUUGGAAGCUUGCCACUGUUAGCCAGUAUGAGGAAGUACUUGCAAAAAUGAAUGCCCCUUCCACAGAUCAUGUCAUGGUUCUAAAGAGCAAGCCCCAGUCCAUCCAGAAGGAUAUAAUCACAGUCUGCAGUGAUACCUACGCAUUAGCUCAGCAGCUGACACAUAUAGAGCUUGAGAGACUCAAUUACAUUGGACCAGAAGAAUUUGUCCAGGCAUUUGUGCAAAAGGAUCUUUUGAAUAACAACAAGAGCUGCUACAGAGAUCAAAAGAAGACCAGGAAUCUGGAAGCCUGUGUGGAAUGGUAUAAUAGGCUCAGUUACUUAGUUGCAACAGAAAUCUGUAUGCCGGUGAAGAAGAAGUACAGAGCAAGAGUGAUAGAAUAUUUCAUUGAAGUGGCAAGGGAAUGUUUUAACAUUGGCAACUUUAACUCCUUAAUGGCUAUUAUUUCUCUAUAUAAGAAGUUUGAUUUCGGUGCAAGGGGCGCACGCGGGUGUGCGUCCGGUCGGUCCCCAGCCGGCACCGAGGAUUUCUCGGGGAUACCCAUCGAUCCCCGAUCCAUAAGGUUCUUCGCGACGUCCCCUGGAUUUGAG